AUGCAUAUAAAGAAAGAAAAUGUUCUACAAAACAACACGGCACCAAACAAAUUCAUCCUUCUGGGUCUUUCUGAAGAAUACCAUAUACAAAGCAUACUUUUCUCCAUUUUUCUGGGAAUCUACAUCAAUGCUUUGACUGGAAAUCUUCUAAUCAUUCUCCUUACAUUGGUUGACCAAACCCUACAAACACCCAUGUAUUUUUUCCUAAGGAAUCUAUCCUUCCUUGAGAUAUGUUUCACAUCAGCUAUUGUCCCCAAGAUGCUUCACAAUUUCUGCUCAGGGAAUAAAUCCAUCUCCUUUAUGGGUUGUGCUCUGCAGAAUUAUUUUGCAUUGUUUUUGGGUGGAACAGAAUGUUUCCUCUUGGCCUCAAUGGCUUAUGAUCGUUAUGUUGCCAUUUGCAAACCUCUGCACUACUCUGUCCUAAUGGGGCAAAAAGUUUAUACUAACUUAGCUGUAGCUUCUUGGUUAAGUGGAUUUUUCAUGUCCUUUGGCCAUACAACUAUGGUAUUCACGAUGCCCUUUUGUAAUUCUAAUGUUAUCAAUCAUUAUUUUUGUGAUAUUCCUCCAUUACUGAAAUUGGCUUGUGGGAACACGUUUAGAAUUGAAAUAACUGAUUUUGUAGUUGUAGUGAUUUUUGCAACUUUUCCUUUUCUUCUGAUUUUAAUGUCUUACUCUGGAAUCAUUGCUGCCAUUUCAAAGAUCUCAUCCUCUGAGGGCCGGAAAAAGACCUUUUCCACUUGCUCCUCACAUCUCAUUGUUGUGACCUUAUUCUUUGGUUCUGCUUGUAUUAAGUAUAUGAAACCCAAUUCCACUUAUUUUCCAAAUACAGACAAAUACCUCUCCCUUUUUCAUACAAUCAUUAGCCCUGCUUUAAACCCUGUCAUAUACAGUUUGAGGAACAAAGAAGUGAAAGGUGCCUUUAUGAGAUUCUGGGAAAGAACACCAUUGGAUUGA